AUGGCAAAACCCUCCUACCUAUGACCAGUUAUGACUGGCUGACACAACACGACAUCAAAACUCGGCCAUUUUUGUUGCGACGGUGAACCGACAUGUCGCAUAGAAAAUUUUCGGCGCCUCGCCAUGGGUCUAUGGGAUUCUAUCCCAAGAAGAGGUCCCGCCGUAGCCGUGGUAAGGUUAAGGCUUUCCCUAAAGAUGACCAGAAUAAGCCUGUGCAUCUUACCGCUUUCAUCGGAUACAAGGCUGGUAUGACCCACGUGGUCCGUGAACCUGACCGUCCUGGAUCAAAGAUCAACAAGAAAGAAAUCGUGGAGGCUGUCACCAUCAUCGAGACUCCACCAAUGGUGUGCGUCGGCGUGGUCGGCUACAUUGAAACACCACAUGGCCUCCGCGCAUUGCUUACCGUAUGGGCAGAACAUAUGUCUGAAGACUGUAGACGUCGCUUCUACAAGAACUGGUAUAAAUGCAAGAAGAAGGCAUUUACCAAAGCCAGCAAGAAAUGGCAAGAUGAGCUUGGCCAGAAGUCCAUUGAAAAGGAUUUCAAGAAAAUGAUCCGCUACUGCAGUGUGAUCAGGGUUAUUGCCCACACUCAAAUGAAACUGUUGAAACAACGCCAGAAGAAGGCUCACAUUAUGGAGAUUCAAGUAAAUGGUGGAACUAUUGAAGACAAAGUAAAAUGGGCCCGAGAGCACCUUGAGAAACCAAUCCCAGUGGAUUCAGUCUUUACUCAGGAUGAAAUGAUUGAUUGCAUUGGUGUCACAAAGGGCAAGGGAUACAAAGGUGUCACUUCUCGUUGGCACACUAAGAAGCUCCCGCGUAAGACACACAAGGGUCUGCGUAAAGUAGCUUGUAUUGGAGCAUGGCAUCCUUCCAGAGUUUCAUUCACCGUCGCCAGAGCUGGUCAGAAGGGCUACCACCACCGAACUGAAAUGAAUAAGAAAAUCUACAGAAUUGGACAAGGAAUCCACACCAAGGAUGGGAAAGUCAUCAAAAACAAUGCCUCUACUGAGUAUGACCUUUCUGAGAAAUCCAUUACCCCCAUGGGUGGGUUCCCUCAUUAUGGUGAAGUCAAUAAUGACUUUGUCAUGAUCAAGGGCUGUUGCAUGGGUCCCAAGAAGCGAGUAAUUACUUUGAGAAAGUCACUUCGUGUGCACACCAAGAGGGCUGCUCUUGAGAAGAUCAACCUUAAGUUCAUUGAUACUUCGUCCAAAUUUGGACAUGGUCGCUUCCAAACACCUGCUGACAAGGCUGCCUUCAUGGGCACCCUCAAGAAAGACCGCAUCCGCGAGGAGGCUGCUGCCACCACCACCACAGCUGCACCGCAGUCUUAAAUAUUCUUUAAGAAUAAAUGAUAUAUUAAAAAUA